AUGAUUUCUGAAUCGAUGUACAUAGAAAUGAUGAAGAAUUGCUCUAAGUGGAAUAGCAGAGUUGAAGCUGAACGUAAAGGUCGUUAUACAGUUUUAGAUCCCCAAACUGGGAUUGCACAGCACCCAUCUCAUCAUGCUGUUUAUGAAUUAUGCAAUCGUUAUCCUCCAUCAAAUCCUUCACAGUAUUGUACAUAUGUCAGUAGACGCUGGAAACGACAAAAAACAGCGCCAACAUCAGAUGCAACUGAGAUGAAGUAUAUAUUGGAAUGCAAUCCAAGUAUUAGCGAUGUCAUAAAUCAAGCAAGUACAGCAAGUCAAGAUCCAGUUGAAUUCCAGUCACUUUCUGCAGUUGCCAGUUCAUCACUUGAAAAUCAUUUUACGGAAAAACGGAAAAUAUAUAUGAUGAAGGAACCUGGAGUAGAGGCAGAAGUUGAGGAAGCAAGCGAAGAAGAUCCUGGAGAAGCUUCAGAUGAAGAGGAGUGGUCAGAUGGCCGAAAAAAGCGUAAGAGAAGAGGAGCCCCAACAGGUGGUCGUGGUGGUCGUAAAAGUGCGACAGCACUGUCGAUAAAUGUUCCAGCCACUCAGGGAUUUACACCAGAUCCUAAGCCUUUCAUUUGCAUAUGUGGGGCUAAAUAUAAAAGUCGUCCGGGUCUAAACUAUCAUCGUGCUCAUGUACAUGCAGAUAAUGUCAGUCCAUCUACAACACCACAACCAGCACAUCUUUUGUCACCGAGUCUUGACGUAUCCACCAUUUGUGACUUAUGUUUGGGUGACUGCAAUGAGAACAAAAGAACGAUGAAACCAGAGCAGCUCAUCAACUGUCAUGACUGUGGUCGAGCAGGUCAUCCAAGCUGUCUUAAGUUUACUGAUAACAUGCUUGUGUCCACAAGUAAAUACGGCUGGCAAUGCAUUGAAUGUAAAAGUUGCGCUAUCUGUGGGUUAUCUGACAAUGACGAUCAGUUGUUAUUCUGCGAUGAUUGUGAUCGUGGUUUCCAUCUUUAUUGUUUGAAACCACCUUUGUCACAAGCUCCAGAGGGAGAGUGGAGUUGUCAUUUGUGUCAGAAGCACUUUGGUGCAAAAGCUUCACGUCCAAUGGUAUAUACUAAAAAAGGAUGA